UUACACUUUACACAUUUCUCUCUCUCUCUCUAGAUAUAGUAUUAGUACUAUCCUCUUCCUUUUUCCUCACUAUACCAAGAAACAAACUCCCUCUCCUGUUUCAGUGAAAAGGUUUUGAGAGAGAAUGGAGAAGGCGAACUCGGAGCUAUCGAUGGAGAACUACUGCAUCAUGCAAGAGAAUGAGAGGCUGAGGAAGAAGGCGGAGCUUCUCAACCAAGAGAAUCAAACGCUGCUUUACCAGCUCAAGCAACGCCUAUCCACUAAGGCCGCCGCCGGAUCUAGCUCCGCCGCCGCCAAGCCCAGCAAGAAAUAGGUGUGGUAGUUUUUAUGAUUUUGGUUACUUAGGAAAAAUAGUUCAUUUCCUAUUGGGAUUGUGAUGUGGGAAGUCAUUAAUUAGCAAUGUGUUAUUUGUUCGUCGCAAAUUAAAAUUGUCAAAUAAAUCAGGAAAGGUGGUCGAACUCUGGUCAAUUUUACACUUUCACAAUCUGAAAAAUACUACUAGUACUAUAAAUUA